AAAGUGGUCCGAAGGUUAAGCUUCCCAAUUUCAAUCCCGAAGAAGACGUAAACCUGACAAAGUGGUGGCUAAACAUAAGUACUGACCCGGUUGUCAAUACCGGGCAGCGGAAAGAAGGGUUUUGGUUACGGAUCAUGAAAGGCUACAACUCAUCUCGAGGGGUUUACCCGGAGAGAUCUCAGAAGUCGCUCACGACUCGUUGGGACUACAUCAAAGAGUGCUGCACCAAGUUUUCCGAGUUCUACAGUAGCGUUCUGCGUUUGAAUCCCAGCGGCAUGUCGGACGCGGACAAGGCGAUGGAGGCAAUGGCUCGGUAUGCUGCGGUAUUGCAGAAGCUUUUCACCCAGAUGCACUCCUGGAAGUUAUUGAAGGAUGAGCCAAAGUGGGAGGCGUGCAUUGGGGCUCACUCCAAGGUACAUGUGCUCAACGACGACUCCUCCGAUGCAGCAGCUGGCGGUGCCAACGGAGUGGGCGGUCCAGCCGAGUCUGAUGCCCCGGCCUCCAGCGGGAGCAAGAGGCCGAUUGGGAGGGAUGCCACUAAAGCAGCGAGCAAAAAGGCCGCCACAUCGUCGUCCUCGUCGGAAUACAUUUCACAAAUGAAUGAUAUAUGGGGCAACAAGCUGUCAUUAAUAAAGGAGAGUCAUGCUGAGAUGGCCAGCCACCACGCCACGAUGGCUGUGCUGCAGGAGAAGAAGAUGUCUACGGAAAGGGAGCUGGAGGAACGUCGUCUGGCGCUUGAGGAGAGUCGGCUGGCAAUGGAGGCGAGUCGGCUGGAGAUGGAGAAGAGUGACAGGGAGAGUCGGAUGGAGAUGAAGCGGUCUCGGGCCGCCAAGGAAGAACGUGCGGAAGAGGAACGUAUUCUUAGUAUAGAUCUCGACAGGUGCUCGCCAGCGCUACGACUGUUCUACAAGCGACAGCAGGAGCAGAUCCUUGCAAAGUACUCGUUGCCUCCUCCCUGA